ACAAUCUGCUAGGUUUAACGUUAAUUCUCUCUUUCUUCAGAGCUUCAACAAUGGCGGCCAAGAAGACACUCCGUAACCCAGAGCUAAUUCGCGGCGUGGGUAAGUUCUCACGUUCCAAAAUGUACCACAAAAAGGGUUUAUGGGCAAUCAAGAAGAAAAACGGUGGAAAAUUCCCUCAACACCAGAAAAAACCAAUCUCAGCUCCACCAGCUGAGAAAUCCCCAAAGUUCUACCCUGCUGAUGACGUGAAAAAACCCCUUGUAAACAAGCACAAACCAAAACCCACGAAGCUAAGAGCGAGUAUUUCUCCAGGGACAGUGUUGAUUAUCCUUGCUGGUAGGUUUAAGGGGAAGAGAGUUGUGUUCUUGAAACAGCUUUUAUCUGGGUUGCUUCUUGUUACUGGGCCUUUUAAGCUUAAUGGGGUUCCUUUAAGACGUGUUAAUCAAGCUUAUGUGAUCGGUACUUCAACGAAAGUUGAUGUUAGUGGAGUGAAUGUUGAGAAGAUUGAUGAUAAGUAUUUUGCUAAGGAAGCUGAGAAGAAGCAGAAAAAGGGUGAAGGGGAGUUUUUUGAAGAGAAGAAAGAGGAGAAGAAUGAGCUUCCACAGGAAAAGAAAGAUGCCCAGAAAGCCGUAGAUGCAUCAUUGAUUAAGGCCAUUGAGGCUGUUCCUGAUUUGAAGGGUUAUUUAUCUGCAAGGUUUUCACUGAAGUCAGGCAUGAAACCACAUGAGCUAGUGUUUUAGGCUACUAUUGGCACAAUACUCUUGUUUGUUGAAUUGACCUUGUUUAUCUCUCUGUGUUCUCUUUGAAAAGAGUUUGAUUGUUCACAUGAAAAGUUUUGUUGAUGAGAAUCAUCUUAGAUUGAAGUAUGCAAUAUGAGAUUUCCCCGUCGGAACUAUUUAUUCUUUUAUUACAAUCUUAAAUGUUUAUUGCUCUGAAA